AUGCGAUUGCGCCCUGUGGGCGGUGCCGCCGUUUUAAGGGGCGGGGCCGGAGCCGGCGUGGCGUGGCGUGGCGUGGCGUGCCUGUGUUCUUAUCGGCUGCUGCCGUUUGGCCGAGAGUUUUCCCUGUUCCUGCACGAUCCUCUGCGAUAGCAAGCGCGCCACCCCAGGAUCUUCUUCUUCGAGGAUCUGGAGGCUCACCAGAAGCAGAAGGCAGCUCUGCUACUCUACAAAGGCACAGCAACCUUUCAACUAUGAAGUAUAUUUUGAGUCUGUACCUGCUGGGUGUAGUGCUCACCCUGCUCUCUGUCUUCGUUAGGCUGAUGGAGUCACUGGAGGGAUUACUGGAGAGCCCAUUGCCUGUGAGCCCCUGGGCCAUCAGAGGUCAUUUAGCCAACACCGAGCUCCCCAAAGGUCUUCCUGACCACCCGUCCAGAGGAGUGCAAUAAGACCUCCCUCUGCACCAGCCACCUUGAAACACUGACCUCAGUGUGACUUACCAGGUGUCCCAGCAGGCAAGCUCACAGCACCAGUGUUUCCAGAAAACUGUUUAAUAAGGCCGGGGCAGGCUGUGUGGAUGUUUGUUCUUUGCCCUGGAAAAAGAGCCUGUUGAAUAUAGAGGUGUGAGUGGGUUGCCUUUGUCUGGGGGGGGGGGGGUAUCCUCUCCCUUUUCCCCCAUGACUCUUGGCUUUGAUGUCCUUGGCACUGUGCCUCUGACACCUCUCAAUGUGGACUCAUGUUGCAACUUCAGCAGUUGGGAGAUAGCGGUGGCGGCUUCAACCUUGACAUCCUGAAUAUCUGCCAAGAGUUCCUUUGGACCUGGGUGCCUUAUGGCUACUUUGGUUGGCAUGUGUUCAGUCUCCCAUGAGAAUUCCUUCAGGUCGGGAUAACAGUUGAUGUGUUUCAGUUGGCUGUAAGGAGGGGGAAGAUGGAAUAUCCAAUUGUUUCACAUUUUAAAAUUCUUCAUCCAAAAAAAAAUUCUUCAUCCAGCAUAAUGUGUAUGUGUUUGUAUAUAUUGGUCUGAAGGGGACAGUGGGAUGACAUAGCCUGCCUGGGACAUUGGUAUUAUGGUCACCAUGUGGCUUAAAUUAAUUUUUUUUAUGCAAUAAAGUUGAAUAUAUAUUUCUA